UGCUUCUACCAUGUAAUUUUCUUCAGAUUGACGCUUAUGUUGGUAUGGUUAGUGAUCUUGCCUUUUCACAUCCCAACAGACAACUUGCAUCAUAACUUCUGGAAAGGACAAACUAUUAAGGGGUGGGAUGCUAUCACUAGAAAUAAGCUGUGCAUGUUUGUAGGGCAUGAAGCACUAGUUUACUCCAUGUUCCCUCAUCAUUAGGAAAACAUUCAGUUCAAGUUGGCUUAGAUGCCUUCGUCUUGUAUGUUGCUAUGGCAUUUCGGAUGAGGGAAUGAGUGAAGUGGCUGCAAAACUUCCAUUAUUGGAGGAGCUGGACAUUACACUAGGUCCAUUGUCAAAAGAAUCUCUAGAAGCUGUGGGGUGCUGUUGUCCUCUUUUGAAAUCAAUCAAAUGGAAUCAGCAGUGGUAUGCUGCAUAUGGACUUUCUCAGAUAAAGUGUAAUGAGGAGGCAGUUGCUAUUGCAAAGAACAUGCCUGAAUUACGCCACCUCCAGAUUAUUGGAAAUAAGCUGGUGAAUGAUGGCUUGCUGGCCAGACAUGAUGGUUGUCCUCAGCUCGAAUCACUUGACCUAAGGAAAUGUUUCCAUGUCACUCUGUCAGGAAAUUUGGGAAAAUAUGCUCAACGGAUUAAAGUCUUGCGGCAUCCCGAUGAUUCAACUGAUAACUAUGAAUUUGUUGCUGAUGAUGGAUCUUUUGAUGAAGGCUCGGAUAUUGUUUAUUCCUUAGAUUCCACUGUUGGUGAUGAAUUCUUUGAUGACAUUCAUGAUCAUGGAUCUUUUGAUGAUGAUGAUGACACGGACUACGAUCCCACCAACUCCUACUAAUGAUUUAGGAGAUUUUUAUUUUGACUAGUCCUUUUGUAUAGUGUAUCUUAACAAAAUGACUUUUGUGCUGUACAUAUUUU